AUGUGGUCUUCGCCAAUCGGACGGCCGAGAAGCGCUUGCACUGCAUGCAAACGUCAAAAGUUACGCUGUUCUGGAGAUCGACCUGUCUGUAAGCGUUGCACUAGGCUGCGACGCAACUGCCUCUAUUCCAAUGAGUCUCCAAGCAGCAGACCGCCGCAGACCGAGCCACCUUCACAGCCAACGGCAAGCAGCUUGUCCGCAUGGCCAUCAACAAGCUUACAUGCUCGAAGGCCGCAGAACUCGAGGCCGGUAAGAAACGCCACUCUCCAGGCUGAUGACGUGUACCUGGGUAUCUCGAAGUCUCUCGUCCUCACACUGGUGAAUCUGUUCUUCGAUACGGCCUACAAUGCCUCUCUGCUCUUGCACAAGCCAAGCUUCCUCGAGUCGCUAGAGGAGGGAUCAGCGAGUCCACAUGUCGUGUUAAGCUUCUGUGCCUGGUCAGCCAACUUCUACCGCGAUCGCCACGGGACAUACUCGUUGAGAGAACAUGACUUCAUGAUUGAAUGGGCGAACAGAGCCGGCAAACUGGUCUUCGAGAACGUUCAGAGAUGUUGCGAAGAUAACAUUGUCACUUUCUGUAUUCUUGGCCUCUUUUGGUACACUCAGGGUUCAUGGAGACUAUGCUACCUCUACAAAGGCAAGGCAGCGGAACGGAAUGCAUUGUUGUGUCUCCAUAUAAGAGGCCUCACUCCUUCCGGGGAGCACAACGAGCUGCAACUUGAACUUCAGCGUCGCCGCCUUUGGGCUUUGUACCUCAUGCAGUGCGCACUAGGAGAGCCGUUGGUGCUGCUUGACCAAGUGGUAGAUAUGCAACAAUUGCCGCUGCCAUGGCCCGAGUCAGACUUCACCAUUGGAUCCGCAAGGGGACGUAAAGUCACUCUUGUAUCUGACUAUAGUAACGGAGGGAUCUAUGGUGAACUUGUCAAUGCCUUCACCCUAUGGUCAUCCGUGCUCUCACACAUCAAAAAUCCCAACUGCAGCAUUCGGGACAGUUUGGUCGGGAUCUAUGCGUUGGACGACAACUUGUCACAGUGGUGGUCCAAACUUCCGCCGGGGCUAAAACUCGAGCCAUCGACAAUGUCUGCUGUACCAAGAGAGGAUCUUUCGAGAAUACUUCUUCUCAACUUGAUCUACCACCAAUCCAUCUGUGCCUUGCACGCCUCGAUCGUGCCUCUCUUCUCAUGGAGCUUCGCGGACGAUGACUUUCUCGCUGCUCGACAGGGAUCGGCUCAGCGAGCAUUUGACCAUGCAUGCGCCGCCUCGGAACUAAUGAGAUGCGCCCUGGAAGUCCAUUCAACUUUGACUCCAGCGCACACAUUCAUCGCAUACGCCGCGUACAGCGGCUGCGCCAUCCAGAUGCCGUUCCUUUGGUGCGCCAAUCUUGUGAGGAGACAAUGGGUCAUCGAGAACGUACAGGCAAACAUCCGGGUGAUAAGUGCACUGGCAAAACAUUGGAAAUUUGCAGCUUUGCUGAAACUCCACGUGGCCUGCUUGUACAAGAUGCAUCAACAGCAUGCAGCGACGAGCAUUCUGGAAGACGAGCCCAAGAAUGCUGAUAUCCAUAAUCUUGUCAACUUCAGUGUCAAUGCUGCUCACGCUCGAAUCUCGAUACUGGGUUUUGUCGAGAUCCUGCGUACUCGGUGCAGGGGGUUUGUCAAUGCUGGAGAUGAAAGUACCAAC